AUGGCUGGCUUUAGGGAGUUUCAGCGCCAAAGUAUUCAACAAUUACGCCCAAAUGCAUUUGACCAAGAUGAUUAUAACGAGUUUGAUGUGGCUGUGAAGAUUUUCGAAUCGAUGGAGCUGCCCAAUGACACAGACUUUUACUGGGCAUGCAUUCGAGUAUUUAGAGAAGAUGCAUUCUGGCGUAAGUAUUUCAUUGAUAGAGCUGAUAAGCCUUUCGAAGAAAAGAUACAAUUUUUACAAGCUGUAACUGGACUUACACGCAAUGAUGAACGUGUGGAGAAGCGUUUAAGCUCGGGUAAACAUUUUGGGAGUCAAAGUUCCGGUGGUUGUCAUUCAGGUAGUCCAUCUUCUGGUGGUAAUAAUUCAUGGGGUCAGACUUCAAGUAGUCAAUGGGGUCCUGGAUUUCAACAAUGGGGCACACCACCAAAUGCUCAACAAUGGGGUACACCACCAAAUGCUCAACAAUGGGGCACACCACCAAAUGCUCAACAAUGGGGCAACACCAAAUACUUCACAAUGGGGAGCACAACAAAAUACAACAAUGGAGUUCACCGCCAAUAG